AUGAAUUCACACAGUCCUUCGUCUUUGUUUCUGUGUACACCACCAAAUCUAUCUUCUCCUGUUAAACCAGCAUUAUUACUCGUACCAGUGUCACCGACACCUACAUCUGUUAUUAGCCUAAUUUCACCAGCGUCAUCUGCCACAAUAACACCAGCAACAUUAUCUAUUACAAGGAAAACUGUACGUGCAAAAAGAAGUUCAGCAUGGGCAUACUUUCAACAACCUACCAAUGCUAAUUCAUUUGAUGUUACUUGUAAUCUUUGUAAUAAUAUUAUAAAUCGUACAACAGGAGCUACAACUACGCUGUUUCAUCGUCUGAAAUUACAUCAUAAUAGUGAAUAUCAAGCAGCGAAGGAAUCGAUGGUCACAACGAGGAAGAAUGAUCCGAGCUUCCCUUUAGUUCUUGAUGGUUCUCAAGUUACGCAAUUAACACAAGUUGCAGUAUGUCUUUUUAUGAAUGAUUUACUACCAUCGUCAAUUAUUGAAAGUCCACGUUCACAAGCUAUUUUUCAGCAUUUUUUAGACUCACUUUAA